GCCCAUCAUUGAUGUAAUGGUAGUUGCGUGGUUGCAAUUGUUGCACGUUCAGACAAUUUUUUUAACUUGUUAUUGUGGGGUUUUCGUGUACGUCUCUUUAAAUAUUCCCGUGUAGUGUUCUGUUCGUGUUUCGUCCCUCAUUAUAAUCGGAUUUUGAAAUGAAAUCCUUGCAAAAUUAACUGUAUUAAGCGUCGGUCUCGCCCUUGGUUUCAUUCGCCUGUGUUUUGAUCGUUUUGAUUUUCUCGCGAGGAUGUUCAUUUAACAUUGUAAAUAUGGCCCAGAAGAUAACAAUUCAGGAUAAGAAAGAAAUGGAUAAAUUUACAAAAUAUCUUGCGUUUAAAGUAGUUCAAAUCAUCGUACAAUCUAGAUUAGGUGAAAAAGUCUCUACACAAUGUAAACCAAAUCCUACUCAUUCUACUGAUUGGUUUAAUCUGGCCGUACCUGAUGAUCAAGAAGUUCUUCUUCAAACUAAAAAGGUUUUUAAUGGAGAAUUAACAACAUCAUCAUCCCCAUUAUGCGUAGAAAUCUCAUUAAGAACAUCAGAUGCUGACACAAUGGUCUUAGAGUUAUGGUGUUUAAGCAUGAUGUCCGAACAAAAUGAUUUAGGCAUAAAAAUUAUGCCUACUGUUUAUAAUAGAAUGGGAAUAUUACUUAAAUCUUUAGUGUCAGUAACUAGAGUUACACCAGCUUAUAAAUUAUCAAGAGUACAAGAUCCUGAUUCUUAUGUUAUCUGCUAUAGAAUAUAUAUGGGAUCACCACCGCUUCAAACAUUAGCUGAAAAUUACAAACAGAUUAGAGUUGGACAAAUUUGUACUCCAACAGGAAUGUUACAUUUGUCUUUAUCUUACAGGACAAAGAUGACAAUGUCUCCUACACAUUCUAGUGGAAGUAAGGAUAGCUCUAUUUUGGUUAAAAGUGAUCAUUUUAACGCUUAUACGAGUCCUCGACAUGGAAGAAAUGACGAUUUGGAAGAUUCAGCUUCGUUAGGCGAGCACCCAAUUAAAAUCGGUGCAUUCGCGGAUCCUUCGAUUAUCAAAAACAUCUUGGAUCCAAGUAAUUAUAUUCCGGACAUUCAAUUUGCGAGGAUGAAAAUAAAUGAUAAGAAAAGAAGAACUAAGGCGAAGAAAGAGGCGGAAAAAGAAAAGGAGAAAAAGAUUGCAACAGCAGCGGCUGCAGCCGAAAUCGCCAAAAACGAAUCUAACAAUGGAAAUGCUGAAGAAGAAAAGAAAAGAUCGACGGAGGAAAAGAGGGAUCCUGAAAUAACAACGAGAUCGACCAAUGAUGACUUCCUUAUGGUAGAAUUGAGAACACCAUUUGCAACACCUAACGCCGCAACAGAAUUAAACAACUUUUACAUAGAAUGGCAAAGAGCACCGCCAAUAUUUAAUAAAGUUCCAACAAUAGCAGAACAAGAUUUAGCACAACAGUUGAAGAAUUACGAGUCCGAUUUGAAAACGUACGAUGACAUUGUGAAAAAUCUAUGCGAAACAUCGCCGAAUAAUAAUUAAAAGAAAUAUCCUAUUAAACACAAAAAUAUAAAUAAGUUCUCUGUGAGAAUUGAUAUUAUUUUGUUAAAGCUGUGGACUGAGGGCGCGAAAAUUUAAUUAAACUAAACCAAGUGUAAUUGUCAAAAUUUUAUGGUAAUUAAUAAAUUUUUGAAGUGAUUCCUAUUAAUGAUUGUUAGAGUUAUGAUAAGAAUAUUAAGGGAUUGUUUCGUUUAAGUAAAAAUAAAUGUCUCCAACUAGGAGAUGUUCUGCUAAGACUGAUAUUUUAUAAGAAAAUGUACAUAAUAAUGUGUGGCAUAAAAAAAAGAGAAACGAAAUUGCUUUAAUCAGACGCUUUUGUAAAAAAUGUCGAUGAAAUCUUUAUAAUGGCGUUUUUGUAUCGCAAAUUUUAGAAAAUAGAGCAUUAAGAGAAAGUUAGUAUUUCUUAUGCAAAGAUGAUGAUAUUAUAUUUGUUGCGUUGAUUUUUAUUGAAAUUUUAUAUACAUUGAUUUCUGACUGAAAUGUUGUUCGCUGUAAUUAAAAAUAGGAAAAAAAUGUAUGUUUAAAAAAAAUGACAUAGAUUGUUUGUUUUCACAAGUAAUUUUAUUUUAACAAAUCGAGGAAAGUACACAAAAUUCGCGGUUUUAUACAGAGUUUGCAAAAAGUUACAGAUAACUUAGUCUAUUUGUAGCUGAUAACAUUCUGGACACCUUUUCUGUUAAUUUCAACUAUAGAUCUAUUCUUUCUAAUUUAAUAAAGACGGCCUAUUGUAUAGAAAAGAUAGACGUUUCUUAAUUUCAUUUCUUUUUGUUUUUCUUAGAAACGUUUUCUUAGCAAAUACUUUUAUGUACACUGUGUAUCACAAACGCUGAACAGUGAAGCAUCGUUUUACUUUAAUUACAUUGAAAACCUUAGGUGUCUUUCUGUAUUAUAUUUACUAUUAUCUUACAUUUAAGAAAAAGAAAUGGAGACCUUACUUCACUCACAACUCUAAAAUUAAAACACCAUCUUUCUUUUAUGUAUCAUCUUUUCAUAUAAUUAUAAUUUUUUUGUUGCUCAACAAUAUUUAUACUAAGUAUAAGUAUUUCUUUCCUUUUAAAUCUUACUUUAUAAAUACACUUUAUCUCUAUUCGUUUUUUUUGGUCCAUCUAUUAUUUACGCGUUUAUUUAUAGUUAUUUUCUCAAUAAAAUUUGUUUGUAUUUUAUUAGACAGAUUCUGUAAAAAAUACAUGCAAUUACUAGUAA